CAUCACUUAAAACUAUAUAAAUAUAUAGGUCAGGUCCAGCAGUCACUAUGAUCUGUCCCAUUUGUUAUGUUUCCAUAAUGUGGCCACAAGCCGAACUAGUCAGUUUGUGACUUCAAUAGAAAUUUAUUGGAUUUAGAAUCAACGAAAGUUGAGCAAGAAAUAUCAUUUUAUGCUGGUUUUUUUUUUGUUAUGUAUUGGAUUUAGAAACCUCUAGAGUUUGAAAUGUCUACAACCUUGUCCACUGAUGUCUGCCAGACAAGUCCUAAGCCUCCAAGUUUUCUUUCGUUUGGCAUUGAUCAAAUUCUUUCCAAGAAAACAGUCAAAGCUUCAUGCAGGGAUCGUCUGUUGCAGCCAAACGACAAAACGGAGUGUUUCGGUGGAAAAUAUCAAGAUUCCAGCGAGUGCUUAGAAUGUAGUAACAGAACUAGAACGAAAUGUUUUGGAUAUCGACCUGCCUGUGCAUCAAGCUAUGAAGAUAUUUAUCAGACAUCUAACGGGACUUCAGAAUCGCGACGUUUGGGCGCGGUGCCAAAGACGAUUGAAAAGUUAGUUCUGUGUCAUGAUCCUCUAAGACCAGUGCAGCACGAAGAAAACAGCGACCUUUGGGGCGAAUUAAAAUAUGGCGCUAAUGCUGCGGGAGAGAUACCAUCGGCUUUGCUACAGACAUCACUAAAUGACAGUUUGAGAUUGGCUCAUAGGGAGUACUCACAGCCAUCUAGAUGUGAUCACACUGAUUUAAAAAAAAAUAAAGGUUACGGAAUACAUCUCGAUUCCAGACUUCAUCUCUCUUGGCCUGGUCUAAGUUUAGCUUGUCCAGGAGCGACCACGUUCUCGCAAUCUUGGCUGGACAUUCGAAAGGAUCGGAUAUCGUUUCUCAGGGGUCCAGUUUUUGACAAAUGUCCGGCCAAGAGAAAAAAGCCUCGCACAUCUUUCACGAGGUUACAGAUUAUUGAGUUAGAGAAACGCUUUCAUAGACAAAAAUAUUUGUCAUCUAGUGAAAGAUGUUCGUUGGCAAAGACUUUAAAAAUGACAGACGGCCAAGUAAAAACUUGGUUUCAGAACAGAAGAACAAAAUGGAGACGUCAGACAGCAGAAGAAAGAGACGCAGAGCGGGAAGCUGCAAGUCGUCUGAUUUUCACUCUGCAAACAGACAAGCUUACUUUUUCAGAUGCUCCAGAUUCUGUUUGUUUAAGGAAUUCAUCCUUACAUGCUUUACAGAACCUUCGCCCCUGGCGGGAAGACAAUCAUGGUGAAAACAGUAGCGAUUCUGCUACAUAACUAUAAAACAAAAAAUCAUUCUUACUCUUUUGUAAAAUGAAAAAAAAGAAAUAUUCUUUAAUUCUGUAAGGAAAGAAAAUCCUUUAUUUUUACUUUGAAUGGUAAGGCUAUUUAAAUCUGAAGAAAAUGCUGCAGCACAGUACACUCUAUUAUUUUAUGCCUAUCAGAUUUUGUUUAAAAUGCCAAUAAUAUAGACUUAAAAAGAUUUUAAUGUUCAACUUCAACUUACUUAGACCCUCACGUGGUUUUCGGCACAUUGGGAGACAAUCGGCACAUUGGGAGACAAGCUAUCUCCAUAAAAAUCAGACUCCAGCAAUGUCUGCAGCCUCUUUCCUACUGGUUUCCACUGCUUUGACAUCUUUCAUGAAGGUGCAACGCUUCGUUAUACGAAGACGUUCCUGUUUGCGUUGUCCUUGUUUCAGCCUCCAUGUCAUUGUCAGAGAGCAUGUCAUACAAAUCGAAUACGAUGCACGAUGACAACUUCUCUAAGUGGUCCAGGAUUUUUCCCUUUGUGACCCGAUCUCUGAAAUUGACUUACAAUUUUGUCUUAGUCAUUGCUGCUGAGCCACACUGAACAUGUAAGAACAAGACCAAAAAAAAAAGAAACACCCAACAAUUUGAGGAACACUGCCAACAAUUUGAGGAACACUGCAGAUUAUUUUUUUGUCUUUUCACAACUUCUAAUGCAAUAUACAAAUUAUUUAUUUUUUUUA